UCUCUCUCUAGAAUCUUGUAUAUCAUUCAUCUCUCAAAACCAGAUGAAUAUGUAAAUUAUCAGAAACAAAGAAAAUGGGGAAAAGAAGAACAUCAAAAUCUCAAACUCUUCCUUCUUCUCCAACCCAUUCAUUCAAAUCAUCAUCUUCUUCAUCCGACUUCGAAUUCGCCAUUUCCAUCUCUCCAAGAAAAUCAUCCAAUACCCUUUGUCCCGCCGACGAGUUAUUCUACAAGGGUAAACUCCUUCCCCUUCAUCUAUCUCCUCGACUUUCCAUGGUCAGAACCAUCAUACUAGCUUCUUCUUCAUCUUCUUCCUCGUCUGAAUCCGCCGCCUCUCGAGAUUCCACAGCUAGCCGGAGCUCAAACGAAUCAAGUAGAUCUUCAUUUUCCGGCGACUUAGCUCUCUUAGCCACUGUGGAUUGUGAUUCAUCUAGAACCAGCUCCGUCGCAGAAGAUGACGAGCUCAAACGACUAAACACUAGCUUUCAUGGAGGAAACCUUAACCUUAACCAUCCUGGAAAUAAACCCAAGUUUUCUUUAUCUAGGUUUUCUUCUGUUUUCCGUAAGGAACCGAAAAUAACACGUUCAAUACCGGAAAGCCAAACUGGGUCGUCGGUGAAACGCGUGAGCGUUUCAGCGAAGGAGGUGAUUCGUCGGUAUUUAAAGAAAGUGAAACCUUUGUAUGAAAAACUGUCAAAGCAAAAUCAGAAAAUGACGAAACCUGAACAACAGAUGAUGAGAAAUGAAGCCAAAGGGUCUGAUAUUCUUCCUGUUUCUUUAACAGAGCAGAGUGGUCGAUUGAAAAUGGGGAAUGGAAACAUGUCGCAAUCAUUUUCGGGGAAUUUGGGUUAUCCUAGGAGAAGGAAGACAUAUGUGGCGAGCUGUCCAUCUUCGAUGAGAUCUUCACCUAAUCAUUCUGGGGCUUUGAACCAUCGUAGUAUGUUGUCAAGUUAUAAUCCAUUAAGCUGUGAGGUUUCAUCAAUGGAGGAACUUCAGAAUGCAAUUCAAGGGGCUAUAAUGCAUUGCAAGAAUUCCAUGAGCCAAGGUUGACUGAUAACUAAUGAACUAGAUUGAGUUAUUAUGGUUUGACCCUUUUAAUUUGGUGUUUUUGUAUUUGAUCAUGUGUGUGUUGUGUUCUGUCUUUUGUUUGUAUCUUCUUCUUCAUCUUUCUUUAAUCUUAAUUUGAUAACUUUGCAAUGCUGAUCAA